GACUGAUACACUCCAACAUCACACACACAUUUUUAUCACUUCGCAACGAGAAAACUGAAAGGCUAAAAAGAUGUUGCAAGAAAUUAUCUUGCUGCUUGUACUAGCGCAGAUUUUUGAGAAAGGGUCGGUUUCAGCAGAAAAUCCGAGAGCAGAUUUAUUCAACUUAGCUGCAUUCAAGAAUGUACCUGCCAAUGUGCGGUUAUCAGUUAAUCAAAUCUUAAACAGUCCAUUUGGUUCGUUACGAUCUGGCAGUGUAUCAGAUGAUCAUGAUUGUGAAAAAAUCACUUCAGUACCAAGACAUCUGACUUUUAUCACGAGACAUAGAUUUUACACAAAGUAUACACAUGCGUAUAACAUUCCAAUUAUUAGUUCUAAUCAAGUGUCUAAUAAAGCUUUGACAAGGGCGUGUCAUAUCGUCCGUUUCCUAUUUGCCGACAGACGAGACGUGAGACAAAGUCUAUACAGAAACUUUGGACGAUUUGGAGUAAUUGGCCUGAGAGAACACACAACAACCAUUCCAGAGUUUAGCCAUCUCCCAAGCUGGUACAAUCAACGUGCACGUGGUUUGGGCGGAGUUCUUGGAAGACCUAUAUCAACUGGUGGAGAAGAGAAUUUAUUAUGCUUGAGACAAGAUCGAUAUUAUGGAGACGACAUUUUUUUUCACGAGGCUGCACACAAUGUCGCUGAAGUAGCCUUACGAGGUAACGGUAUACCUGGUAUGUACAGUCGUAUCGUGAGAGCAUACAACAAUGCCAAGCGAAGAGGAUUGUACAGAAAUACCUACUCAAUGACAGAUUCUAGGGAAUAUUUUGCAGAAGGGAUGCAAAGCUUUUUUAACAACCAUCCAGAUGCCAGGCCACCAAAUGGUAUUCACAAUCACGUGAACACAAGAGCCGAGCUAAGAGAGUACGAUCCUACAUUAUACAGAAUCAUCAAAGAGGCGUAUCCAUGCAUGAAUACCUAUUACACAUGUACAAAUAACCAAAGAAACAUGAGAAGCAAUUGCGAUGGAAGUACUAGAGGAAAAACAACGCCAACGAAAAAGGGUACAACAAAAAAAACUCUUCCAACGGAGUGCGUUACAACAUGGGAAACAGUCAGCAAUGUGAAUCAAAACUGCUACGAUCGCAACAUUUAUUGCACGUCUUGGGCAAGGCAAGGUUAUUGCAGAUCAAGCUGGGCUUAUAUGAAAUCCAAUUGUUGCAAAUCUUGCAAUGGAGGCGCACAAGCAGCCGGAACUUGUCGAGAUCAAUCAUCAUAUUGUCCCUUUUGGGCAUCCCGUGGAGAAUGCAACAGAAAUCCAAGGUAUAUGAAAGUAUCUUGUAAAAAAAGUUGUAAAGUAUGCUCGGAAAAGAAAAAAGUUGUUAAAUGUCGUACUGUUACUCCACCAUCACCGUCGACAACUGUGAUGACACCACCGUUGCCAACCACACAAGAACUUGUAACACCACCUCUUCCUGGAACAACAACAAACGCACCAAACACCCCGCCUCUGCCCGGUACAACAGAAGCACCAAAUACACCGCCUCUACCCGGAACAACAAAAGCACCAAACACACCACCUCUUCCCGGAACAACAGAAAAGCCAAACACACCACCAGUUCCAACAGAUAUUGGUCCACCACCUGUUCCAAAAAAAUGUGAAACUCCUGUUGCAGCUGGUAUCGAAAAUAAACGCGUUCCUGAUGGAGCAAUGACUGCUUCUUCCAGUGUGAACAAAUGGCACGGUCCACACCAAGCACGCUUAAAUUUAAAGUCAAGUCGUAAAGGUGUUGGCGCGUGGUGUGCAGGCAUACAAGAUAAAAAUCAGUUUCUGCAGGUUGAUUUGGGAAUCAUGAAGACUGUAAAAAAAUUAGAUGUACAAGGUCGCGACUCACCUUAUGCUAAGUACGUUACGAAGUUUAACAUUGAAUACAGCGAGGAUAAUAUUUCUUGGGUUCCUUACGUGGAUGAUCUAGACUUCAGUAAAGCGAAGGUUUUUGCUGGAAACACAGAUACCAAAUCAGUUAAAAGCAUCGAAUUCGACUACCCCUUUAUUGCACGUUAUAUUCGCAUCAAGCCUCAAGAGUGGAAAAAUCUGAUAUGCAUGAGAAUCGAAGUAUAUUAUUGCUCGUAAAAUACGAAAGAGAGAGUCACAUAUUUGUAAAUUUUAUAUAAUCUUUAUAUUAAACAAACAGAAACAAAAUACCAGCGGGUUACUGGAAUA